AUGACAUUACCACCCAAUGUUCCCAAGUCUGCUAUCGACAAGUAUGUUCCGAUCAAACUCAUUAGCGAAAGCCCAAAUGGCCUCAUUAUUGCUGUAAUCCCCAACAACCUCGUCAAGCCAACCCCCUCUUCUCUUUUAGCACUGAGAACUCCUCGUUCAAGAGAAGAACGUGAAGCACUCUUAAGACAGAUCGAAUCACUCCUCAGUAUCAAGACUCGCCGCGUCACCAGAGUCAUCGACUACGACCCAAGAGGAAACUGGUACGUCACGUCCUUCUGCCAUGGCCGUGACCUGCAACACCUCAAGGAAAACUUCUUCCAAGACGGCUUCCCGCCUUUCCUCAUCUGCAAGAUCUUCGACGAAGUCAUGGCUGCACAAGGCACCGAGCUUGAGCCGAAAGGAAUUUGUCACGCGAAUCUGAAGGGAAGCAACAUCAUACUGACGCCUACGAAGAAGGAGUUUCCGAUAGUAAGGAUUGUGCAUCUCCACGGUGUCGUGACCUGGGAUGAGCAAGCCGUUGUCAAGCAGAUGAUCGGUUUGCUUCGAUAUCUAACCAACAGCGCAUCACGCAUACCGGAGAAAUACCGCAUGAACAAGAAAAGAGACAAGCUGGAGUACGUGAUUGAAGACGAAGAUACCAAUAGCCUAGUUAUUGGCGAUGACUUCUAUUCGUUCAUUGCGAACUACGAUCUGGAAGGAAAUACAUCGUGGGAGGAACUCAAGAGUAGGUGGAUGAAUGAGGCAACUGCCUUGAUGAAGGAACUCUUCGAUUCUGAAAGGCUAUUGGAUGUCAUGGAGAUCAUCAUGGAGCCAAAAGUUACAGAUGAUGAGUUUAGAGAGGCGGUGGAGGACGGUGGAAUGGACAUUAUUGACGAUAGAGAUUUGUAG